AUGUCUCUCCGAUCUACCAUCAUGGCCACGGCCGCAAUUUUCGCUACUGCCAACGCCCACAUGAUCAUGAAGUCUCCUGUUCCAUACAGUGCAGACAAGAUUGACAACGCCCCGAUUACGGCAGACCAGUACCCAUGCAAAUCCAACCUUGGUUUCACCGUCACGACUAUGAACUCAAUGGCUGUAGGCGAGAAGCAGUCCCUCACCUUCUCUGGAAGUGCUGUUCACGGUGGCGGCUCAUGCCAGCUUAGUGUCACAAUGGAUACCAAGCCCACAAAGGACUCCGUUUUCAAAGUUAUCAAAUCUAUCGAGGGUGGCUGCCCUGGUAUCGACGGACCUGAAGCUUUCGAUUUCGAGCUCCCUGACAGCAUCCCUAACGGCAAGGCCACAUUUGCCUGGACCUGGUUUGCCAAGUUGAGCGGUGGCCCAGAGAUGUACAUGAACUGCGCGCCCAUCGAGGUUACUGGAGGUGCCAGCGACAAAUCCAAGUUUGACCAACUUCCCGAUAUGCUGGUUGCCAACAUUGCAUCAACCACUUGCAAGCAGCAAGUGAGCAAGGACUUGAAGUUCCCCAACCCUGGCACAAACCUCCAGGCUACCGCGGACACUUCCAACGUUGUUGAUCCCACUGGCGACUGUGGAUCUACCGGUACUACUCCCUCUGAGCCGUCGGAGCCAUCUUCACCAGCUGUCACUGCCUCGCCAACCGCUCCAUCGCCAGUUGCACCCACCGUCCCUGCUGGAACCGGCUCCCCUGCCACUCCUUCCACUCCGUCCACACCUUCAGCUGGUGGUAGCUCAGGCGCUUGCACUGAGAACGGCUCAGUAGUCUGCAACGGAACCGACCAGUUCGGUCUCUGCAACAACGGCGAAGUCGUCUGGCAAGCAGUCGCUGCCGGCACACAAUGCACCAACGGCAGCAUCACCAAGCGUGGCUACCACGGCCGUAUCGCUCGCCCUCGCCGGUCCAACCGCCGCCACGGUCACUAG